GGGAGUUGUCACAAGCUAGCGGUACGGCACAUGUUCUUAUUACAAGAAGCCUCGCAAAUUGACAGCUACUAGACAAUCCGAUUGGAGUCGAUUGAUCAUUCAUUAAUUCAAACCAUCUACUAGCUAGCUAGCUAGUAAUACCGGUACCUAUAAAGAUGAGCGCGGUGAUCCCCAAAGUCUCCGAGUUUCGCGGUUCGUACGGAGGCGGCGACAGUGAGAAAGUGUACGAGUCUGGGCUAGAUGCGAGUGCGGGACGCAUGGCCAAGCUUCGAGCCAAGAAGAAGGCGCUUCGAGAAAGCAAGAGAAGAGGGUCUUCCACCAACACGGCGCCUUCACCCGAAGAGGUAGUCCAACGAGAGGAGCUUGAGCAGGAAGAACCUGUGGUGGAUCAUGCCAGGAGAUCAGAGGACGAGGAUGACGAUGGAGACGACACGCCAGAGGAACAAGCGGAAGCAUCCACUCAAGUCACAGAAGGCGGUGGGAACGAGGAAGACUCUACAGGCGGGCAUGGAGAAGAUGACGAGGAGGAAAAGAGUCUGGAGAAAGCUGAUGCUGAUGCUGAAAUGGGACAAGAGGAAGAAGAGGGACAAGAAGAGGAAGAAGACGAAGAAGCUCAACGUGGCGAAAAACUGGACAACUCUGAUCCCAACAAGGCAAAUGUAGAGUACUCGAGUAUCAGCCCAGCCAGUACGGAGGAGAUUCAAGAUCUCGAGAAUCCAAGUGAGGAAUCCAAAGUGGAUGCUGCUGACGAGGAACAAGAGGCAAACGACAACGAGGCGGAACAAGGUGGAGAAAAGGACGACAAUUCUUCGCUUGGCAAAGUCGAGUGCGCCCCAUUGGCCGAUACGGAAACAGAUGAUAAUAAGGACGUCGAAGAAGGAAACGCCAAGGAUCCCCCUCCAAAAGACAAAAGUGCAUCCGCCAAUAAGCAAUCCUGCGAUGCAGCCACAAUCAGCCUCUAUGUGGCCGUGAUUUCCUUCUCCUUGGCCAUUGUGGUGGCUAUAUUGAUUGUUAUUCUGCACCUCACCAUCAACCAGUAAAAGAGGUCGCCUUCAGCACUCAAUUGGUGGAAGGGAGUUUCAAUGGGAGAAUGAUGUGCUGCGUGUGAUUGGAUUCUGUGUAUUGUUGGUUGAAGGGAGUAAAACUGUGACUGUGGAUCCAAUGCAAACUGAGUGAGGCAGCUGCAUUUAUUUGGCAACAGCCUCUAGAGAGUGAGAAUCCCCUGGGAGAGUGCAUUGAGGUUUUGAUGCAUGGUGUCGGUGUGUUGGAAAAAUGAGUUUGCUGGUUGUACAUUAACCGUCGUAUUUAUUGUAGUUUACUUGUAAAGAAACGUGUUGUCGAAUUUAUGCA